AUGGACUCCGUAUCAGAAAAACUACAAAUAUUCCAACCGGUCAACGUAGAUGAAUCCAUUGCUCGAGAAGAAUGGCAUACGUAUCACCCGUUCACCAAAUCAUUUAAGAACAGCGAUGAGAUAGAAAUUGUUAUUAAUCAACAGGAUGUGUUUAUGGAUAUUAGCCAGGCUGAAUUAUACAUUGAAGCCAAAUUUCUGGAAGAAGUAUCGACAGUUGUGAAAACAGGAAAAUGUUCCCUGACAAAUAACGUUGGAGCAUUUCUAUUUGAAUCGAUAACGUAUGAAUUGAAUGGAAAAGUAAUCGAUAAAGUACGAGAUCCAGGGCUUAUAAGUACCGUUAAAAGUCUUUUGUGUCUCAAUCAAAAUGAAAGUACUGCCCUUGAUGUGGCGGGAUGGAAUUGGCCGAACGGUACUGUGAAAUCAUAUGAGCCAGAAACGGAUAAUUUCAGUCUCCUAAUACCAUUGAAUUUCCUAUUGAACGUCUUCUCCGAUUAUACUAGCGCUAUUAUGGGAACGCAGAAAUUAAAGCUUGUACGUGCCAAAAAAGAUGAUAAUUGUUAUGUUAAUUCAGAGGGAAACAAGAAAGCAGACAUCACCAUUUUGAAUAUCGAGUUAAGAGUAAAACAUAUCUACCCGAACGAUUCUGUGAAAUUAAAAUUGUUUGAAGCGAUUUCCAAGGACAAACCGAUAUUUGUUGGAUUUAGGAAAUGGGAAAUUCAUGAACUACCUGCUCUACGACAAGCGAGAAAAGAUGUAUGGACGGUGAAGGCAGCAUCUGAACGAGCGAGAUAUGUUGUUGUAUUCUUCCAAGAAGAUCGAAAAGAUAACUAUAAAGCUGAUGGCAUAUAUUUCGAUAAUUUGAAAAUUACAGAUGUCAAGCUUUAUCUAAAUUCCGAGGCCUACCCAUAUGAAUCCCUAGAUUUAAAUUUCAAAACCAGACAGUUUACUAAAGCCUAUUCCAUGUAUACGGAUUUUCAAAAAUCGUAUUUGGGAAAGAUCAAUAGCGAACCUUUGCUAGAUUUUACCGCUUUUGCCAGUCGAGCCCUAUUUGUAAUUGAUUGUUCAAAACAAAACGAGGCUCUGAAAAGUAAUGUGAUAGAUGUAAAGCUAGAAUUUGAGAGUUCGGAAAAUUUCCCCGAAAACACCCGAGCAUUUUGUAUCAUCAUAUACGAUCGAGUCAUGGAAUAUUUACCUUUAUCAGGACAUGUUAGAACGCUAAUUUAA